UGGCAACGGGAAAAUUAGCAGAACCGAGUCACUGUUUUUCUGUUUCUCUCUCUUCUUUCUAUUUGUGAUGCGCACAAUUCAGAUCUAGCCUUUGAUACCAUUUGCACAAUGCGAGUUCUAUAGAACUGUGUUCCGAUUACUAUAAUAACGAUUCUUUGUGGUUCUGUUCGUGAAGAGAGCUGAAUCGAGAAAAGUGAUGUCGAGGAGAACGGGGAAUCCUUUUAGAAGGUUCGGGGACAGCGGGGGUGGAUUGUUUUCCACUUCGAAAUCAAGGUCUUCGCCGGUUUUGUCAGUUGCGCUCGUAGUUGUGGGAGGUUUGUUUCUCAUUGGCUAUUUGUACAGGGGAUCAGGUGGAUUUGGCAGCGGUUUAGAUUCUGUUAGCAGGGUUGAAGGUGAUUAUUUGUGCAGUGGAGAGGUCCAAAGAGCAAUUCCUGUUUUACAGAAAGCAUAUGGAGAUAGCAUGCACAAAGUUUUGCAUGUUGGUCCUGAUACUUGCUAUGUGGUCUCUAAAUUGCUAAAGGAGGAGGAAACUGAAGCCUGGGGUAUAGAACCAUAUGAUAUAGAGGAUGCUGAUAACAAUUGCAAAGCACUUAUCCGUAGUGGCAGUGUGCGUGUGGCUGACAUCAAGUUUCCUCUUCCAUACAGGCCAAAAUCUUUUUCUCUUGUAGUUGUUUCAGAUGCUCUGGAUUACCUAUCUCCCAGAUACCUCAACAAAACACUACCGGAUUUGGUGAGGGUAGCAACUGAUGGUAUAGUGAUAUUUACUGGUUUUCCCAGCACUCAGAAAGCUAAGAUAGCGGAUGUUUCUAAAUUUGGAAGAGCGGCCAAGAUGAGGAGUUCAUCCUGGUGGGUACGGUAUUUCCUUCAGACUAACUUAGAAGAGAAUGAAGCUGCUUCUAAGAAGUUUGAACAGGCUUCAACAAAGAGUUCAUAUGAUCCAAGAUGCCAGAUAUUCCACUUGAAGUCACUCCAUUGACUCAUGGGAUUGUGUAGCAUUGGAACUCUGAUUGCUGUUCUCCAUUUUUAUUUAAAAACACUUUCUUCUAUAAAGGUAAUUUAAUUCUUUGAAAUAUAUUCGCCAUAUAUGGUGGAUCGCUUUUGUUGAUAGACUUUUAUUCUUUAAAUCACCAGCCCCUGGCUGUAAAGGACAAAACAUUUUAGUAUUUAACUAAAUUAUCAGGUGAAUCAGGCGACCUAUAAGUAAGUGGCAGUGAUUGUUGUGAUAAAUUGUUACUCCUUUUUCUUUACAUAUAAAUUAAAUGUCAGUCAUUACAUUUGCUAUCUGGCAAAAGGUUGGAUAGAACCCAACUUUUUCC